CCCUCCGCUCGCUCCUUCCUUCCUUCCUUCCUUCCCUCCUCGCCGCCGCCGCCGCCGCCGCGAUGGGCCACCAGCAGCUCUACUGGAGCCACCCCAGGAAGUUCGGCCAGGGCUCGCGGUCCUGCCGCGUCUGCUCCAACCGCCACGGCCUCAUCCGCAAGUACGGCCUCAACAUGUGCCGCCAGUGCUUCCGCCAGUACGCCAAGGACAUCGGCUUCGUCAAGCUCGACUGACGCCCGCCCGCCGCGGACCCCGAGGGGCGGACUGACCCGACGGGCGCUCUCCGAGAUGCGGGUCCAGUGAAGAGGCUCCUCCUGGGCUCGGCCCGGGGGGGGGGGUCCAGAGCCGCUUCGCCGCCCCCCUCCUGCCCCCCACCCCGUAUUUUGCUGAAUAAAUGCUAAAAUGUGUUUCGGAAAAGGCCCGGUGGUUCUUUGGGGGGGGGGUGUCAAGCGCCUGGUCAGGCCGCCCGGAGCGCCCCUUCUGUACCCCCAAGAGAGGAGGAGGAGGAGGAAGAGGUUCCGCUCGGCCAGCUUCAACCCCCUGCCACACUCCUGGGCGAGGGUCCCCGGCCCAAGCGAGAGAGGCCGCGUGUGUGUCUGAGGGGCCUGCGGAAGGGAGAACACCCAGAGGACUCGGCCGCCUUAGUCUGUAGCCACAAAAGAGUAAAGAGUCCAGGAGCCCCUUUCAGAAGAACCAACUUGUUUGUAGCAUAAACCUUUGAGAACCACAGCUCUCUUCGCCAGAUGCAUCAUCUGCUUUCAAGAACCACAGCUCUCUUCUUCAGAUGCAAGAGAGCUGUGGUUCUCUAAAGCUUCUGCUACAAUAAAGUUGGUUAGCCUUAAAGGUGCUCCUGGACUCUUUACUAUUGUGAAUCGGAGGGAGCGCAGUUGUUACGACAGACCUGCUCCACAAGGCGUCUCACGCCCCUUGCCACCCGAGUAGGUCCCCCACUCUGUCCGAUGCAUCUGUAACAUAAGCCCAGGCAGCUUGAUGGUUGCCAACAGUGGGGGUUCAGUAAAGAGGCUCUUUCUCGGCUCGUCUGCACGUCGCUCUCUGGCUUGGGGGACCCCAUGGGGGGGGAAGGGGUGACUGCGGCUUUGUCCCAUGUGGAGUUGGGGGGUGGACGGAGAAGGUCCCCCGGCCUGGCCAUGCAAGCCCUAGCAGGAAGGUCCACGGAAAGGGAGACAUUGCAAGGAGAGCUCUAUGGAGUGGGCUGGAUCCAGGGAAUGGGGAGAUGUGGAAGGCCGGUUGGUUCUGUAAGAGGAGCUGCAAAUAUUCACUAAAACUGAAUGUGGCCUAGGAACAGAAGGCAACCCACCAGGGGGUCCAUGCAGUGCAUUUCCUUCUGCCCAGAGGCCUGCUCACCACCAGCACGAACACAACCUGCAGUUUACAGGAGGGAGGGAGGGGUGGUACACAUGGAGAAUAGCUCCAUCGCCCGUUAUCUCCAAUAGUAAAAGAACCCUCAUGGCUACUCCCCCCCCGCCCCGCUCAAAAUAGUCCAGUGUAGGAGAGGACACUUCCCACAGUUCUUUGCUUCCUGUCUUGGCAAAACUGCCAAAUUGGUUUUUUUAACUCUUCUCUAGAAGAGAAUCCCUCCCCAGAGACCACCACUUUGAUUUAUACCCCAAAACUCUUGUCGGUCUUCUAGGUGCCACUGGAGUCGGGUUUCUGUGGCUGCUGCUCCCCAUUGCCCCAAGGGCUCACAAACCAAGGCACCCAUCAAUGUCAUUUCAGCAGCCAAAGCUGGUCCUGGGUUCAAGUCCAGCAGUACCUUAAAAACCUAUUUUCCAGGCUCUAAGCUUUCCAGAGUCCAUCUCCCUUGGUCAGAUAAUGUGAGGUCCUGCAUGCAAAAUCUAAUUACUACCAAACUGCGGGGGAGGAGGGGUUGAUCGCUUUUACUGACCUUGCCCAAGUGUUUCGUACCCUCAGGAAUGGGUGAAGGCCCCACCCUGCCAGACUUUUCCUCACCAAGGAUAUUUCCUUGCAAUCACCUUUGGUUGCCUUUCUGUGAAGUGCCCCCCCCCCUUCACUCAGGGCCAAGAAAUGUAUAGGGGCUCAUUCCGGACACAUCCCAAAUUCCUGGACUUUACCAUAAUUCCUUCGGUAUUCUUUUGGGCUGGCUCUCACGCUCUGCCAGCCCAGGCUUGGUGGUUGCCUGGACCCUCCCUCCACUGCUCUUUCUUUGCGACUCCACGUUUUCUUGCCCUGCAAGGGUUCCCCUCUGCUGAUCUACCUUAUUUUCCCAGAUCCUUUUGGAGCUCUGCCUAGGUCCCCUAUUCUCAACUUCCAGAUCAUCAAAAUGAACAACGGACUCCAUCAAGCUCAGCAGACUGAGAAGGGGUAAACGUGUCCUUUUCCAGGACUUGGGCUCUUCAUUUCCUUUCUGUCAAAACUCUCCCCUGGUUUAGAUCCCUUGCUCUCCCACUCCCUGUGGCUCUUUUCUGGCACAGAGUUCUUGCUCAGCCAGCAGCCUGGCUCUUUUCUCUCCGUUAACUCUGGACACAGCCAUUUCACUGUUCUCAAUUCUGUACCCCAAUAUUUCUCUGAAUAAAUUCUAAACUUUGCUUUAAAGAA